AUGGGAGAUUCACAGCGUGAGCAUCAGAGGAUGAUACGACGCCACAACCACGAGAAGACAGAGCUGCAGGCCCACAUUCAGGACAUGAAGAGCUCGGUCCCCAAGACCGACAAGAAGGGAAGAGAGCAGUUGCUCCUCGAUGUGGCCCGCCUCGAGGCCGAGAUGGAGCAGAAGCACCAGCAGGAGCUGGAGAAGUUCCAGGAGAGUUUCCCUGAUAACAGCAACCUCGAUUCUGUCACUGAAGAUCUGGCCAAGGUGGAUCUCAAGAACGAGCCUCCUCACCUCUCGAGGGCACAGAGAAGGUGCGAAAGAAAGGUGGCACGAGAGGGAGAAAGCCAGGAGAGGGUGGCCGAGGCUGAGAUGGAGCAUCUGGCCAGCUUCCACCACGACGAGGAAAUGGAGCUCGGCGCCAUCCUGCAGGCCAGGAAUCUGGAGAUGCAGGAUAUCCCGGCCGACGGCCACUGCAUGUACCGCGCCAUCCAACACCAGCUGGUGUUCUCCGUGACCGUGGAUUGCCUGCGGAGGCGCACCGCCGAGUACAUGCAGAAGCAUGUCGACGACUUCCUGCCUUUCUUCAGCAACCCCGAAGCCGGCGACGCCGGCAGCCGCGACGACUUCUUGAGCUACUGCGAUGACAUCGUGCUCAGGGCGUCGUGGGGAGGCCAGCUCGAGCUGAGGGCCCUGUCGCACGUCCUGCAGACCCCCAUCGAGGUGAUCCAGGCCAACUCGCCCGCCGUCGUCAUGGGAGAGGAGUACACCAAGAAGCCAAUCACCCUGGUCUACCAGCGCUACUCCUACAGCUGCGGGGAGCACUACAGCUCGGUGAAGCCGGUCGGCGCUGGCUCCGUCAGGAGUGUGGCCCGGCAUCUCUUCUAG